GCUGCGAACUGUCACUCAGAUGAAGAAGAGCGCAUGUAAACAACGAAAGAGAGGAGCGGUAUGAUGCGCGGAGGAAAGGUGAGUUUAUGAAAAAUACUAAGAUAUAAAACAUAACAGAGGGAUUUUUCUGCUGUCAUAAUGAUAACAGUUAGAUUAAAAUCUAUCGAAGUGAAAAUACAUUGAUAUGCUGCGAUACUAUGUGGUAAUUCGUAGUCCUAGAAUCGCAAUUGACCUUAGUUACACAAUGUUUUUUCGUGGUUUAAAAAGUUAGGUUUCAACUUCAGUUCAGCUUUUUCUUUGUAUGUUUUACGUUCUUUUUAGUGCUCUUUUAUUGUCAGUCUUUUAGUGUAUAAAUUCCUCAAACACAGCAUAUUUGACCAUAAAUAAAAAGGAUGGGCAUGGACCUGAAUAUUUAUAAUGCAGGUUAAAGGUGAGUGACCUGUAAGACGCAGAUAAAAGGACUGAAAUCAGUCUCGUAUAAAACAAUAAACUCAACCAUAACAUUUAAUUUUUAUUGAAGAUUUUUUUUUCUCUUUGUUGAAAAAUAUCUAAUUGAUCAAAGUCAUUAUAAUUUAAAUUUCAUAUUUUUCCUAAAUACCUCAAUUCACUUUGAGACUGACUCGACCCCAAACCAAUAAUUAACACGUUGCCAUGGUACCGUCUGACCCACUGCAGACUAAAACUUCAUUAGAGCAAAGUUCACAGAGUAAUGAAAAAGAUGUGUUGUAACUCUUCGAACAGUUUAUGAGACCAUCUGCAGACAGAAACAAAUGUGUUUUUGUUGCAUGAUUUGCGUAUGUAACUCAUGACCAUCACGUGUUAAACACACAUUCAGCAGCUUUAACAAUGACCCAACAACCUGUUUCUGUUCUCCUUUUAUCCAGAGAGCUUUAUAACCUGAUGGCAGCGGAGGGAACUGAUAAAGCGUUACCACCAUGGAGUCUGUGUCUGACCUCCUAGAUUUAUUCCACAUUAAAGCCAGUGGAUUACCAGUGACUCUCAGCCUGUUCCUCAUCUUUCUGGGUCUUCUUUAUUGGUGAGUUUUUGCAUCAUUUAGCCUUUCUCUAGGUUUGAGUGUUUGGAAGUCAAACCCAACCUUUCAAAUAUGCUGUGAACUACAUAGAAGCAGUGCUGAUGUUUGCAGAUUUACAUGUUUGGACGAGUGGAUUUUUUUAUUUUCCUUCGUUUGUUGUAUUUUGAUAUCUUAAAGCUAAAUUUUCUUGAAUUUGCAUACUCUAAUUUUGCUCUUUUUGGGGGAUAGAGGGAGCAAGAGAGCAACAUGUGAGCCUACAAAUUAAAAGAAUUUUAGCUUAAAGGUGAAAAAUACAGGGAAUGGAUGGUUGGCAAAGGCAAACAUUAGACAUCUUGAAACUUUCUGGAUCUUAAAAAUUUGAUUUAAAAAAUGUUCAAAUGAUCAAAAAAAAAACACAUUCAUAUCAUAGUUCUCACCUAUUUGUAAAUCUUAUUUGUUGGGCUUUUAUCUUUUUUGAGAGCAAAGGGUUCAAGGAUAGAGCAGUGGACUAGAAACAGAGUAGGAAGUGACAUGCAGCUAAAAGCUACAAUCUGUAAUUGAACCUACAGCCACCUGCUUGGAGAACUGAAGCAGUAUUUCCCCUCACACUUAAUUGGUCUGUGUGUUUGUCCCUGUUCUUAUAGUUCAUCAUUAACCAGCACAGCUCUGCUCUCUGUCUGCCAGGUACGCCAUUUACCCAUUUUCAUUCCUCUCUCGAUAUGGAAUCAAACAUCCAAAGCCGGUGCCUUUUUAUGGAAACGUAUUCAUGUUUCGACAGGUGAGACAUUCCCCAUAUUUCAAAUUCAACCCCUCUCCUCUAACCUUAUCUUAUGUUUAACUGUGUCUAAAUUCAACCAGAUUAGGUUGCAAAUUUGCAGUAUUCUCAGUGAUGGACCUUUGAAAAAGUAAACAAUCAUUUAUCAAUUAUAAAUUCUUAGAUAAUCCCUAUGACACAAAAAACAAUACACAUCUAUUUUUCUUAAAUCACAUAUUUUCUUCAGCCUUAUACUGGAUAUAACUGAUGUGAUUGCAAAGCUGCAGAACUUCUAGAUGCGUAAAAAAGUGUUUUAAGAAGCUGAACAUGAAGGAUCAUAAAAUAAUCUCUGUAGACAUGGAGUCCUGCAGAGUAAGAGUAAAAACUACGAAAUCUGGAAUUUCUGCCACAAAAGAUCUGAACAGAGAAAUAUUUCAGAUUCUCAGUGUUCAGUUUUCUUCACACUUGUUUUUUAUUGAGGAAAAUAACCUGGUUGUGUGUAAGUCAGGAGUGUAUGGGUCUACAUUAGUGUAGAGGGAGAAAAAACUCACACAGACGACACAGAUGGUGCAGAUACAUGCCAGCUUUGCUUUCCAGGAAAUCUAUCAGUAUUAACUUUUCACCAGUCAGGUGACUGUGUAAUCAAAGAUGAUGUAAUAUCCUGGUAAAAAACAGUCAAGCUCAUGGGGUUCUGGUGCAUGGAUCCCUUCAGCCUGUUAGUUUGCAUUAAAACGUGCUUUAAACUUCAAACGCCUCCUCACAGCUGAAUGUAACAAUCAUGUUGUUUGUCUUUACCUGCAAGAAAAUCAAACAAAAUGCAUGUUUGACUACGUUUUUUAGAAAUCAGUUAAUAUUUACCAGAUUAAAAGAUGACUUCCUUUGUUUGAAUACAAAUCAGCACCUUGUUUGCAAAAUUGCAAAAACAUUUGUUAUUUUCAGCCUCAUGUUGUCCUCUGAUCUUCACAGGGCUUCUUUGAGCCUAUGAAAGAAAUCAUUAAGACUCAUGGCAGAGUCUGCGGGUGAGCAGAAAACUACUGGCUACAUUCACCACAUUAAAAAUCAACAUCUUCAACAUGAAUUAUUGCAGUUAUUCCAAGCUGUUAACAAAAACUCUGAACAUUAAAGUAGUUUCUGGUGAAAUUGAGACUCUUCUUGAUGUACCUCAGGUAUUAUCUGGGCCGCAGACCGGUCAUAGUGAUCGCAGACCCCGACAUGCUCAGACAGGUGAUGGUCAGAGAGUUCAGCAGCUUCCCCAACAGAAUGGUGAGAGCAUUGACAGUAACAUACACCUGUGCUGUCGGGUUAUUCUGAAUUCACACAUCAGUUAAAACCACGUGGUGAUGAUAACAGAUGUCUGUUCUGUGCAGGCUUUUCGCUUCGCCACCAAACCCAUGACCGACUGUCUGCUCAUGUUGAGGAACGAACACUGGAAGAGAGUGCGGAGCAUCCUGACACCGUCAUUUAGCGCCGCCAAGAUGAAAGAGGUGAGAUGCGCAAAAGCAGAUAGAUUGUGAACCAUGUGAAAUUAAGAAGAAUUGGUGACUUAAAAAAGUUCUUCUGCUGGUCGAGUUUCCCAAAGAAAAAACAGAGAAGUUUCAGCUCCAAGAAGGAACUUUCUGUUUGUUUAAACUUUGGCGCCUCUUGUGGACAGAACAAAUUUCUUAUCUCUGUUGAUUUUGCUUUGUGCAUGUGUUUCCUAAAAAGUUAAACGCAUCACUCAGCCUAAACUACUGUGAAAAGUUAAAAUGUCAGCUGCUUUGGUUCAGACCUACUCUGAGACGGUGGAUUCAGGGGGUAAAGCCAAACAUUAAAAAUGAAAAUGUUGGUCACUUUAGAGACACCUGAACCUGGUUCUGGAUGCUUUAAAUCCGUUUAUACUUGAAGAGUUGGUACGUCUUAUUCUUACAAAGAUUCAGCAGCUUAAAAAAAGUGUUUCCUGUGUUUCUUGCAGAUGGUCCCUUUGAUCAACACGGCCAUCGAUGCCCUGAUGAACAAUUUAAACGUCUACAGCGAGUCAGGAGAAGCCUUUGACAUCCACAAGUAAUCGCACACAUGAUGAAGACAGUCUAACAGAGUCAGGUUCUGUUUUUGCUCUCCUUACUCAUGAAUUCCCACAUCCCUGCAGGUGUUUUGGCUGCUUCACCAUGGACGUUAUUGCCAGUGUGGCCUUUGGGACUCAGGUGGACUCUCAGAACAACCCAGACGACCCGUUUGUCAGUCAUGCACAGAUGUUCUUCACCUUCUCCUUCUUUCGGCCCAUCAUGAUGUUCUUCAGUGAGUCCACAGUAUUUGUUUGGUUUGGGAUGUAAAGAUUCAACCCUACAGGCUUAUCUCCAGAUUCUUUUUCUCAGAUUUCUGCGUAUAAAAUAGCCUGUACAGAAAGAUGAGGUUGCUAGUACUUAACUUCAAAAAGUUCUGCUGCUACUAUUAACUUUUCCAACCAUCAAAAGUCCUUCUCUGAACUGUUACUCUUGUGUCCAGUUGCUUUCCCGUUCCUCGCGGCUCCUCUGGUGGGACUCAUCCCCAAUAAACGGCGAGACAAAAUGAACAAUUUCUUCAUCAACAUCAUCCAGAAGAUCAUCGAGCAGAGAGAGGAGCAGCCUCCAGAGCAGGUGGGUUUCACAGCAUACACUCGGAACAGUUUCUCUUUUAUUUCUGCGAACAUAAAGUGACUGGCUGAUGGUUGAUUUGCAUUCAUUUGUGUCUAAUCUGAUCUAAUUAAGAGGCGUCGGGACUUUCUCCAGCUGAUGUUGGACGCACGAACCAACAGGGAGGGCGUGUCUCUGGAGCAGUUUGACACGGGGAACCACACAGACGAGCUCGACCACAGAGCGACAGCCUCCAAUCAGGACUCUCAGGAGUCCCCCGGCAGACGUCAUCAGAAAAAGAUGAUGACCGAGGAUGAGAUUGUGGGCCAGGCGUUUGUCUUCCUCCUGGCUGGAUACGAGACCAGCAGCAACACAUUGGCCUUCACCUGCUACCUGCUGGCUCUCCACCCAGACUGUCAGAGCAAAGUGCAGCAGGAGGUGGACGACUUCUUCUCCAGACAUGUGAGUGUGUUCAUGAUCACAGUUUCUGCUGCUGCUUACAGGAGUUUUCUAUGAAAUUCAACUUUAGUUAUCUAAAAAGGAGAGAUGGAGACUGAGUCGUGAUGUUUACGUAUAAAAUGUGAGAAUAAAGGUUGAAGUUCUGUUUUGGUGAGUCAAAAUAAUGAGAGAGGAUGAUGUUGGUUUUUAAACCCUUCCCAAAAUUAAAAAGAUUUGAUCUUAAAACUCUGUAUUUGUAAUGUUUAAUUUGAACAUGUCCUCUUUCAGUCAUUGUCUGCGGGUCUUGUCAAAAUAAAGUUGUGUUUUUAAUUUUGAGACAUUUUUUGCUCAAUGUUUUGACAUUUACCUUUUUAUCGCAGCUUUUUAACUUUUGAUUUUGUAUCCUGUAGUCAUGCAGUCACUUAAACAUCAGAAUGUUUAUUUCAUCCUAAAGUUUUGACUUUUUUUGAUGAUUAAGAUUUUUAGUGACAUCUUCAUGACUUUUAUUAUCUUUGAUUUUUAUCUUAUUUAAUCCUUUCUCUCAUGAUUAUAACCCUCUCCUCUACUUGCACAUUUAUUAUUUUGUUUUGACUCUAUUUUCAUCAAUUUGAAUUUUGUCUGGUUGUUUUCUUUUUUUUUUAACCUCCUUUGUUUGUCAUACACUUUUCAUUUUGGCUUUGUUUCUAAUAUUGUAUCUCAUUGUUUUCACUUUAUUUGCUUUUGUUUUGACUUUUCAUCCCAUUAAUGGAUUCUUUUAUAGUCAGUUAAAAAUUUGUUUUGUGAUUUUGACUUUGAAUGUGACAAAUUUGAUUUUUUUUUAAAAUUAUUUUUUAAUUAUUUUAUAACAGAUGCAUAUAUAUACUAAUUGUGACUCAUCUCAGUACUUUUGAUACUGUAGUUUUGGUGUGGUAAAAAUUUUCCUGGUAAUUUUGACUCUAUAAUUUAUGUUCACUUUUUGCUCCAAAAAUUUGAUGUUUAAUUUCAGUUUUUAGUUUCUAUUUCACAUAAACAGUCUUUACCUGACAAUUAUUUCUUUUUUACCCUAAUAUUAAGACUCUUUGUGGGAUAAUAUUGUUUCGUUUUCUGUUCAAGUUUUUUUUUAAUGUUUCGUCUGUUAGAAAUAUGCGUCCACAGAUUUAAUUUGUCAGGAAUUCAUUCUUUGACAGAGAAAUUCAUCACACAUAGACCUGCACUAACAUACUUUUUCUUCAUUAUGCUGAAUAUAUCUCCUGUUCUGUGAUUUUUUUAGGAGUCACCAGAUUACUCCAAUGUCCAGGAGCUGAAAUAUUUGGACAUGGUCAUCAGUGAAGCCCUACGUCUCUACCCUCCUGGAUUCAGGUAAAUAUGACCCAUCGAAUGACGGUCAUGUGCGCUUUCUUUUCAGAUUCAAAAGCUCUUAUCACAAAGUUUAUCAAAAACAAAAGACAUAAAUUUCAAUGCAAAAAAGGACAAAAGAUGUUUUGACAAUGUAGGUUUGCACGAGAGACGGACCACGACUGCGUGGUGAACGGACAGUUUCUGCCAAAAGGAGCGACCAUCGAGAUCCCAGCUGGCUUCCUUCACUACGACCCCGAGCACUGGCCCGAGCCCGAGAAGUUCAUCCCUGAGCGGUGAGAGGGUUUUAAUUUAGCACAAUUAAAUCAGAACUGAAGCAUCUGCAGUGUGUGUGUGUGUGUGUGUGUGUGUGUGUGUGUGUGUGUGUGUGUCAGUCUUACCUGGACUGUGGCCACUUUGGCAGCUAUUUUAAAGACCACUCUGAAGCUCUCCUCAAUGUAUUUUAUUAAAGCUAACGAUGGUUUCCAUCACUUCAGCUGCAAAUGUCUCAAGAUUGAAACCAGUUAUUUCUCUCCAGGUUCACUCCAGAGGCCAAGGCCAGCAGACAUCCAUUCGUCUACCUCCCGUUUGGGGCCGGUCCUCGUAACUGUGUGGGGAUGAGACUUGCUCAGCUGGAAAUCAAGAUGGCUCUGGUGCGUCUGUUCCACAGGUUCAGGAUCGUGGCCUGCUCUGAGACUAAGGUGAGUUUGGAUUAGUUUGUGUUCACAAAUCAUCAAAAUAUCUUUAUUUAUUUAUUUUGGCUGCUUUGCUUGAUGCCAUUUGGUUUCAGUAUCCAGGACACUUUGAUGAACUUGUGUCGCUGUAGAGUUAAUGUCAGUCUUUCAUGAAACACUUUGAAGUUGUUUGAAGUAAACUCAACAUGUUUCCUUCCUGCAGGUUCCUCUGGAACUGAAGUCUACAAGCACUCUUGGACCAAAAAACGGCAUUUUUGUGAAACUUGAAAGAAGAAAUGGUGAAGAAGGGACUGAACUCUCAGUCUGAAAUAAGCGAUGAAAAACAAAGAGAUAAUAUUUUGCUUCAUUGAAAAGAGCAGCUAUCAGCCUCUUAACUGCAUUAAAGCAAUAACCUUUAUUUUUGCUGUGGUUUGAAAGAGUCUCACAAAAGGGUAUUUGGAAAAAAUUCAUCCUAAUGGAUGAAAAUAAUCCCGAUUAAAAUCUCACUUUAACCAGGUUACCUCCUUUUCUUCUCUGCACUAUCAAUUCAGUGUCCUUUUAACUUGUGUUUUUAACUUUGUAACUUUUGAAUGAUCUUUUAUUUCAUUUCACAAAGACUAAAUUCAUGCAGUGAAGUCAAAUGAACACAGACCUGGUUAACCUGGCGACUACAAAAAUGAAGAUCACACCUGUUUGCACAUUCCUUCACCAAAGUAGACGGUCUGCUGUGUUCUUCAUUCAUCCAUUAAUCUCUCUACAUGACUGAUGAUUAAUCAACUGUUAAUGUACAAACCGCAGUUACAGAUUUCUGAGUUUCAGUUUUGCGAAGACCAUGUUGCCGAUUUAAUCUGAAUUUACUGAAACCUUGUGACGUUUCAGACGUCUCACUGCACUCUACUGAAAGCUGCUAUGUAAAGAGUUAAAGACGAAGUGUACGGGAAGGAACAGAAAUCCUUUAUAUACUUUUAAUCCAGAUUAUUUACAUCUGUGUUGAUUGAAUGUGCUGAAAUCAGGAAAAACUGCUCACAUCUGGUUGGAGUGAAAGCUGCUUCUCACUUUUCUUUGGAUGAUCUGAUUCAGAAAUUCUAAAGAGAAACAUUUACUGUUUUUGUCAUGCCAGUUGAAAAAAUAAUCUCAAUCUGUACCAUAUUUGGGAUUUAUGCUUGAGAACAGCAGCCCUGAAGAAAUAUGAAUUUUGAAUGUAUUUGAUCAGAGUGAUUCAUAGCAGAGGAUUGAUUGUGCUUGUUGGAUUUAUUUACAAUGUUUUUUUUUGCUGUUUACGGUUUAAUAAAUGUAUAUUCCUCAUUAG